UUCGCCCUUGCAGUGCUACUAAGAAAGACAAUGAGUGGCAUAGGAGAUAUUGUGUCAGGAGGCCUUGGUGGAUGUGCCUGUGUGUUAGCAGGUCAGCCUUUUGAUACUGUCAAAGUGAAGAUGCAAAUUUACCCUGAUAUGUAUAAGUCCGCUUUGCAAGCAGCCAGAACAACACUGCUGGAAGAGAGAUUUCAAGGUUUCUAUGCUGGCUCGUCUCCUGCUGUGAUCUCCAAUAUUGCAGAGAAUGCCGUCCUGUUUAUGUGCUACAACAAGUGUCUGAGUUUGGUGCAGUGGAUAGGAGGAAACGAGGAAUUGAGUAUCACACAGAAGGCCAGUGCAGGAAGCUUAGCAAGUGUGUUCUCCGGAGUGGUAUUCGCUCCCCCAGAUCGUAUCAAGUGCAAGAUGCAAGCUCACAUGCAAACCCUUCAAACAAAAUAUCCAGACAUCUCUGUUGAUGAGAUUCGAGCAAAACAUAGGAACAACUCAUGGACUACAUUGAAACAGAUUGUUCGUGAUGAUGGAGUGACUGGUAUAUUCCGAGGGCUGAGCAGUGUGUGGGCAAGAGAUAUUCCUGGCUACUUUUUUUUCUUUGGAGGGUACAAUUUGAGCAGAAAAAUGUUAACUCCUGAAGGACACGAUCCCAAUGACCCACUAAGUGUACCACGGCUGGUGCUGGCAGGGGGGGUAGCUGGGUGUGGUUACUGGACCUCAGUGUUUCCUAACGAUACAGUCAAGGCACGAAUACAGGUAAUCUCACACACACCAGUGAGAGGGGAGUACACCAACUCAUUUUGGAAGACACUAACAACCAUUGUUAGGACUGAAGGUGUGUUAGCACUGUACAAAGGACUGGCACCCACGCUCAUUCGGUCCUUCCCAGCAAAUGGAGCUCUGUUUAUCACAUACGAAUACAGUCAGAAACUGUUUCAACUAAAGACUUAGAAAC